GUUCUGCUGUCUGCGUCCUUAAAAUGAGAAGAUGUAGUCGGAUAACGGAUUAACCUAUUUUAUUUCCAAAAUAAACAACAAAAUGAAUGAUUUGGAAACUAAGCUAGGAGAAUGUAAACUGGAUACUCCUGCUGCUAGUGAUGAAACAUCUAGUUCAAACUCUUCAAGUUCAGAUGAAGAAGACGAAAUACCAACAUACACGGUCGCUAUGUGGGACUUCAACCAGUGUGACCCAAAGAAAUGUUCUGGUCGCAAGCUUGAAAGGAUGAAGCUAAUAAAGAGCUUGAAAAUCAAACAGCGCUUCCCAGGCAUUGUUCUCACCCCAGUUGCUAAAAAGUGUGUUAGCCCUGAAGACAGAGAAAUCAUCAUGACCAAAGGUGUGGCAGUAGUUGACUGUUCUUGGGCCAAGAUCGAUGAGACUCCUCUGGGAGCCCUGAAAGCCACUCAUGGCAGGCUUUUGCCCUUCCUUGUGGCAACUAACCCCAUUAAUUAUGGGAAACCUUAUCAGCUGAGCUGUGUUGAAGCUAUUGCUGCUACCAUGUACAUAACAGGAUUCAAGAGUUCUGCUCUGUUUUAUAUGAAUAAGUUUUCAUGGGGGCAUUCAUUUGUAGAACUGAAUCAAGAACUGUUGGAUAUAUAUUCUAGUUGCACAGACAGUACAUCUGUUGUUGCUGCUCAGAAUAAGUACAUUGAAGAGGAGCAAUUGAAGCAGCAAAAUAGGAAUACUCUCCCAGAUUUUCCAAGUUCAAGUGAUGAUGAAGAAGACAGUGAAUAAGAACACUCAUUGAUUUCAAUGAAAACUUGUUAAUUUUUCAUCCUGUGAACAAUUCUAAGUUUAUUCAAUAAUUGACUGUGAUAAAAAUGUUGUUUCUAAAAUGAUGAGUUGAAUUUUAACUCCUUUUCAUAAUUCUCCAGAGGCAAACAACGUCCAUAAAAGUGUACACCAUAUUCAAAGUAUUUGGUAUUUAUGAGUAAUGGAGGUAUUUGAAAGAUAUUUGAGAGUACUUGAAAUAAUUAAUGGGUAUAGAAAAUAUAUUUGAUAUAUUUAAGAAAAAUAAAAUAUCUUGUUACAACAGUUGUUUUCAUCAACAAGGGUGCCUAGCAGUAGUAUAAUAAAAAUAAAGUAAUU